CACCACCACAUCUCAAUAAGUUUCGACAAUGAUGAGAAUGAAGAGUGAGUGUGUCUGCUAGACAUGAGGUUGCAGCUACCAGAUGGCUGGUCGCCCUACCCCGCCAUAUACUCCUCAUCUGGUGACGUCGACGUUGUAACCAUGUAACAACAAGAACUUGGCGAAAGGUUAUUCCCUUCGCCUCUUGACCGAAUCAUUCACUCUCAUAUACAUCAUGUUGGUUCUCUGCUUUGUCUUCUGCCUUCUUUUUUACGGUCAAAAAGCGCAUUCAGCGUCCGAACACGCCAGUCAAGACCAUGGUUCUGAUAUCCUCGACUUCAUUGACCCCCUGGUCGGAAGCAGAAGCGGUGGAAAUGUCUUCGCUGGUGCGACUUUGCCAUACGGCAUGGCAAAAGCUGUUGCCGAUGUAGAUGGUGGGAACACUGGAGGUUUCUCCACCGAUGGAAGCAACAUCACGGGAUUUUCGGCUCUUCAUGAUUCUGGGACCGGAGGCAAUCCGAGCUUGGGCAACUUUCCCAUCUUUCCUCAGGUCUGCCCGGAAGACGACAUCAAUUCGUGCAAGUUUCCAAUAGCAGCGCGGGCUAUGCCGUACAAGAAUGAGUCCGUGAAAGCGCGACCUGGCUACUUUGGAGUAGAAUUGGAGAAUGGCAUUCAUGCUGACAUGACCGUUGCUGAACACACUGCACUGUUCCGCUUUGACUUCUCCCGGGCUUUCUCCGCGAAUGGGAGUGGAAAUCCGCUGAUCAUGCUAGACCUUACCGAUUUGUGGGCAAGCAGACAGAACGCGUCGAUCAGUAUUGAAGCCAAUGACGGUGAAGAAGCUGGACGGAUAAAAGGCAACGGCACGUUUCUGCCAAGUUUCGGCGCCGGGUCCUAUCAAGCAUACUUCUGUCUCGAUGUCGCAGGGGGUAGGAUCAAAGACUCAGGAGUAUGGGUGAACGAUCGAGCCGGUACCGGACCCAAGCAGCUUUAUGUCACAAGGGGCUUCAAUCUGUUCUACCUUCAAGCGGGCGGCUAUCUCCGCUUCAAGGGACCACUCAAUGGGACUAUCAAUGCGCGAAUGGGACUUAGUUUUAUCAGCACAGAACAGGCGUGUCAAAACGCCGAGAACGAGAUACCUGGUCCAAAUUUCGACUUUGAAAGACUGGUCACCAGAGCUGAGGGUGCAUGGCGUGCGAAACUCGCUCCAAUAGCAACUUCGACAGGCGAUGUUGACGCCAGCUUCCAGACUAGCUUUUGGAGCGCAAUCUACCGCACCAUGAUCUCUCCUCAGGACUAUACUGGCGAGAACCCUCAUUGGCAAAGCACAGAACCAUACUUCGACUCCUUUUACUGCAUCUGGGACAUGUGGCGUGUGCAGCUUCCGUUCCUCACCAUCCUCGACCCAAAAAUGAUGUCAAACAUGAUCCGCAGUCUACUAGACACGUACAGGCAUCGCGGUUGGCUCCCGGACUGCAUGAUGAGCACUUGCAAAGGCUGGACACAAGGCGGCUCGGACGCAGACAACGUCAUUGUAGAUGCGUACGUCAAGAACCUGACCGGUAUCGACUGGGAACUCGCAUACUCCGCGAUCCUCAACGAUGCCGAAAAUGAGCCGCUGGAAUGGAGCAUCGAAGGCCGCGGCGGCCUCAACUCUUGGAAAACACUGCACUAUAUCCCGUAUCUGGAUUUCGACCCCGUGGGCUUCGGCACGAACUCGCGCAGUAUUUCAAGAACGUUGGAGUACAGCUACAACGACUUUAACCUCGCUAAGCUGGCCAAAGGACUCGGUAAAGAUACAUACACGACCUACCUUUCGCGCUCCACAAACUGGCAAAACCUCUUCCAACCCUCGCAAACCUCCUUCAUAAACGGCACAAACACAAACUUCAUAGGUUUCUUCCAGCCCAAAUACCAAAACGGGACAUGGGGCUAUCAGGACCCGAUUGCAUGCAGUCCGCUCACAGACUUCUGCAGCUUGACAUCCAACCCCUCCGAGACUUUCGAAAGCAGUGCCUGGGAAUACAUGUUCUUCGUGCCCCACGAUAUCGGGCGGGUGAUUGAGCUGCUAGGCGGCGAUGACACGUUUCUGAGACGAUUGGACUAUUUCCAUACUUCUGGGCUGGCGGAUAUAGGCAACGAGCCCGUCUUCCUCACAGUAUACAUGCCGCAUUAUGCGGGGAGACCGGGGCUGUCGGCACGACGUGUGCAUUCGUACAUACCCUCCCGCUUCAACACCUCUUCCUCCGGCCUCCCCGGCAACGACGACUCAGGCGCCAUGGCGUCCUUCACGUUAUUCAGCAUGCUCGGUCUCUUCCCUAAUCCGGGACAGAAUGUGUACUUCAUCACGCCUCCGUUCUUUCCUGAGAUCAGCGUGACGAACCAACUCACUAACAUGACUGCGACGAUUCGCAGUGUUAAUUUUGACAAGGCGUACAAGAACAUAUAUGUGCAGAGUGCGAAGUUGAACGGGGAGGUGUACACGCGGAGCUGGAUCGGGCACGAGUUCUUCACACAGGGGUGGACGCUGGAGCUUGUGCUCGGAGACAGGGAGAGUGAGUGGGGGACCAGAGGGGAGGACAGGCCGCCUAGUAUGUCGACGGGGGGUGAGGGGAUGGAAUGGUGA